AAGCGAAGGGUUAGCUCAGUCUGCAGUAAGACUAUGGCAGUAAGCAACCACUGCCAAUUUGAGGCAGGACAGCAGGAGCAACGCACUGGAAAACGAGCCUGAUUAUAUUCACGUCGUAGCCAGCUGAAAAACGUCUUGGCCUAGUAUCAUUAAAAUGGCCAUAGUUCUGCGAUUGCAAGGCCUAAAUGUGACGGCAGGUAUUGAAGAUAUACGGAAAUUCUUUGAAUACCUUCACAUACCUGAUGGUGGAGUGUACAUAUUGGGAGGAAGUCUCAGAGAGGCAUUUAUUGCCUUCAACACUGAACGAGAUGCCCAGCUUGCCAUGCGGCACACUGGGAGUUUACUCAAAGGGUCUAAAGUGACUCUAUAUAUUAGCAGCAUGACAGAGUUGGAGCAGAAGUUGAAAUUGUUGUUAAAGGGGAAGAAACCCUCCCCCACCAGGCUUAUUGUCAGGAGACCUCAGCCAUCUCCAGAGCAAACUUUCAAUACAGAUUUAAAGGUGAAGAAACCCUCCCCCACCAGGCUUAUUGUUAAGAGCCCUCAGCCAUCUCCAGAGGAGAAUCUGCUACCUUUGAAUGGGUGGCCUCUUGAUCCCAAUUCUGCAAGUCUAUCAUCCUUUACUGCAGCUCCACCAACUAGUGCAGCGUCACAUGGCCCCAGUACUGCAAAUCUACAAACUUCAAGUGUAGGCUCAUUUGAUUCCAACGCUGCCUUUCUUCUUGGGGUUUGUACUGUCCUCAAAAGUCUCCAGUCUCUCAAUGAAGGAGAAAACAAUGAAGCAGAGCCAAGGGUUGAUCCUCGCUUGGCUGACACCACAGUUGUUGCUUCUAAUAAGGUGAGACAAUCAGAGCAAACUCAGACUUCAAGGCCAGGCUAUGUAAGGCUCUUUGGUCUGCCAGUCUCAGUUACAAAAGAGGACAUCUGCCAUUUUUUCCGAGGUUUGAACGUACAGGAAACCAUAGUGAAUGUGAUGUUGGGACUCAACCAUGGCUGCCUUGUAAAGUUUGCAAACAUGCAGGAUGCACAUGAAGCUCUUUUCUUCAAUCAACAAUCACUGGGCUCCAGCUGUGUGGAGGUACGUGGAGCAACUGAGAAGAUGUGGACCAGUGCACUACAAGAAUGUGAAACAGUUUUUGAUGUUGAGAAGAGAGUAAAACCCAAGCAAAACCCCCUUAGUGAAAGUGCAAACCACAGACAUUUAAUUUCUACAUUGCAAAACAAAAGAAGAUAUGUCAAUCGGUUUCCAGCUUCAUCUAAAUCACCAAAAAAGCCAAGAACUGAUUGUGACUCAUCAAUUCCCAUGUCAGUGACUAUGGAGUACAUUGUCAUGGUCAGAAAUAUACCCAAAAACAUGACCAAGACUGAAAUUAAAGAAUUGUUUGGAUGUCCAAACAUGUUACACAAAAAUGUACUACAUCUGCUCGACAGGGAAGGCAACAGGACGGACAUAGCAUUUAUCAUUUUUAACCACACUGAGGAUUAUGACUAUGCAAUGAAUCUCAAUGGCUGCCAUGUGGGCCAUGAUGCCAUUGAGGUCUCAUCAAUCACCAGGGAGAAGAUGAGGGCCAUGGUGGCCAAAACCUAUUCCAGGAGCCUUAACCAGCGUCUGAAGAUGGGUGUAAAGAGGAAACCCUUUGGAAAGAGGAAAUCCAAUUCUGUUGAGACACCAGGAGGGACGCCGGGCACAAACCUGGUCCCAGCAGCUCAGACAUGCCUCUUUGUUAGAAACUUGCCUGCAGAUGUACACAAAGGUCAUAUAAAAAUGCUUUUUCGUGAAUACAAACUGAGAAAUGGUAACAUCAUCUUAUUACAUGACAGUGAUGGCAAAGGUAUUGGUGAGGCUGUGGUUCAGUUUAAGUCACAGAAACUUGCUGCAAUGGCUCAGGAGCUCCACAGUCAGGACUUCCGGGGGUCAAAAGUGCUUUUGACUCCCAUAAAUGUGAAGCAGAUGAAGGACAUCUUGGCAAGAUCUGUUUGAAGAAGUUGGCUACUAGUUUAACAUUAACACUUUUGUUACGGGUUUUCCUCAGCUGAGUUGGCUCAGUUCUCCAAUCACAGUUGAAGUGGUCAAAACAAUAUGUGAAACUCUACAACAUUUGUCACUUGUGCACAAAAGAGCAUUUCUCAUUUGUUAGUAUUAUCAAAUGUUUAAGCACAUUUAUGCAAAUGACUAUACUGAAUAGUUUUACUUUACUGUUUAGAUUUCUUUCAUUUUGAUUCAACACAUGCAGUACAGUCCAUAUAAUUGUCAAAAUUUGCCGAGCCCAGGUUUAAUAAAUCAAAUUGAUACGGAUUGUUUGUAAAGUCUGCUGAGUUGAUAAAUUGUUCGCAGGUGAAACUUGAAUGUCGCAAAUGAAUGGGGAAUUUGUCUCAUCUUAGAUCAACUAAUGGGAUGUGUUGUCCAGUUAGUCUACAGGUGUAAGUCAUGAGUGCAAGUGUCUUACUGUAAAACACAUUUUAUAGAGCUUGAGGGCAACAGUUACUGUAAUUUGUGAACAUGGAAGAGCCUGCUCAGAUGAACAUUGGACUGGGUGAACAGAGGUGUACAGUAAACAUUCAUCUACCAUAAAAUCAAAUAUCAGCUUGCUACAAUUAUUGCAGCUUGUGAUGACAACAGCAAAGGACUGCUGUGGCAUACAAGACGACUUCCACCAUUGCAUCGCAAGGGAAAGCAUGAUGUGAUGAGAAUCGGUGGCCAAACUGAAGAUCGACAGGAUGAUCUGUGAUUCCCAGCACUGUAACUUUAUUUUGUUACUUUACUACUGUAUAAAGACUUGUUGUAUUUCAAUUUUCAGUGAAAUUUUUCAGUUUUCUAUAUUCUAUGUCAUGUGAAAAUUGUAUAAAUAUAAAUAAAAAUGUUUUACCGCACAUUA